GAAAUCCAGACUGGCUCAUUGAAUAACUAGCGGUAUUUAGCCUUUCGUUUCGUUUAAAAGAUUGAAUAGACAAUGCCUCGGCUUAUGUGGAAUAAAAUGCUAGCAAAAAAGGAAACUUCAGAAGGUGAAAUAUGUAGAAACAAAUAUGUUCGGAACAGAUUUGCGUAUGAUGGAGAUAAGAAUCUGUAUACAUUGGGGCCUCUUCCAGAGAACAAUUUUGAAUUCAUGGUGGUUCUUCAGGAAUCUUUUGCAAAGCAUGGGAGUCCUCCUCACAAUGGGAGCCCCAGAGCUGAUCCAGACAAUGUUCAAGAUGCACUAAAGGUGCUUGAUGUUAUAUUAGGACAGCAAGCAACUAUUUGGGGUUCUCUUUUGGUAAGACGGUCAUUCUUUCAUGAUGACUUAAGGAACUUCACUGAUGUUGGAGGAGCUUUGAUUUCUUUGGGCAGAUGUAUCUACAACUAUGAUCUGACGCCUGGAUCUGUUAUUGAUUUUCUGCUAGCUAACCAGAACGCUUGUGAACCUUGUUACAUUGACUGGGCAAAGGCCAAAAGAAUGCUAAAAAACAUAAGAAUUAAGACAAGACACAACAGGGAGUUCAAGAUCAUUGGUUUGAGUGACAAGCCUUGCAAUCAGCUCUUUUUCCCACUGAAAGUGAAAAACAGUGAUGGUGCCUAUGAUGGAGGACAGACUACAGAGAUUAUGGAAUACAAGUAUUUUUCCAAACAUCGGAAUAUUGAACUUAUUCUGCAUGUAUGCAUUGCCUUGAUGCUGUUGAAGGUUGGUAACAGUGAAGAUUGCUUCCCACAUAAUGGACAAUGGAAUUUCAAUAACAAGGUAUUGCCCACACAAUUUAUAGUAUAG